AACGUGAAUGGGAUAUGAAUUUUUAUAUAAUUAAGACAUCGCCAGACUGAAUAUUGAAUUAUAUUUGGCUCUAUCUAUUUUUCAUUUGUAGUCGGUGCGGAUCGAACCUUAAUUGUUUAAUAAUAAAGAAUAAAUAACAUAGGAAACAAGGCAUUCAUCUAUUCGCAAUAGAAGAAAACGUAAUUCAGCUAUUACCAAUAAAGGAAACUUUAGGUACUUCUAAAUACCAUCAAAGAGUGAGAUUCCGAUAUAAAUAAAAUGCCAAAGAGUUGGAGUGACUGAAUGUCAACAUGACGGAGUAACUCAAAGAGGGAGAAAUAAUUCAAUACAGAAAUACAUACGGAACUGUUGUGAUCUCUGAUAGAACAAUUGGAUUUACUUCAAACUUUAUAUAUUGUUUAGAUGUUUAUUUAAUAUUCAGAAAGGAUUGCAGCUUACUUUCCAAUUUGAUCAAUUAAUAUCAACAAUAAUAUUUUGAGUUCAUCAGAUAAUCACUGCGACAUCUAUUUGUCAAUAUCUAACCUACAAAACAGAAGGAUCUUAUCUGUGAAAAAGUUAUUCGACCAUCUUCAGAGCUACAAGAUAUUGAGCACGUGGAUAGAAGCACCUUACCGUCGGAGAACAUAUGGUAUAUAUCAGUGAUGAAACCGAUAGUAGUGUGAUACUUAUUACAUUUAAUGAUUGAUUUAAAUAGUGUUAAAGAUUUAAAAUAAAUUGGCCUGUGUUUAAUUACACUACAAAACUCUUGAAGAUUAUCGAUUCAGUGCUAAACUCUUCUUAUAAUACAAUCCUCGAUAAUCUCAGUUGUAGAUACGAUCAAGUCAAACUGCUUCAGACAUUUUCAAUUGCAAUUAUAUAGUUCAAGUCAACUGCUGUAAUAAUUGAUUUUGUAUUUUUUGUUUUGACUGCUAGGUGGACAAAGACAGUCUUACAACUGCUUCAAGUUUGAAAACCUAAAUUGAAGAUUUUUAUUUUUCCAAAGUGUUUGUGUGACGUUUAAGACAUGACCUACUGCAAUACACCGCACGACAUUGAUGUUUAUUAUGAAUAACAGCCAGUGACCAGUAGAAAUAAAGGAUUUUCUUUAUGAAAGGAAAUAAUAAUAAUAAUUUAUACUUUUGAAAUCUGGAUGAUAAUAAUAAUUCCUCAAAUAAAGAAUUAAAAGUGAUAAUGACAAUGGAUGCGUUGCAGUGUAUAAAUGAUUCAGAGGCUAAAGUGCAACAAAUUCAAGGUGAGGUAUACUGUAAUGCUGAGUUUGAUGGCGUGGUAUGUUGGCAUUCAACCCUAGCUAAUUCUACCAUAUCAGUGAGAUGUCCAAUUCCAGUUGACCUGCCUGAUUAUGCUAUUGCCUACAAAACAUGCUACGUUGACGGAAACUGGUCGAGGACAGAUUACAAUGCAUGUUUUCCCUUUAUACCAAAAGAUGUACCAAUGUCAACACUUCCUCCUCCUGAUGAAUAUGAAAGUCAUAUUGCCCGUAUAAUGACGGAUAUUUAUUUUGUCUUCAGUAUUAUAUCGCUGUUGUUUCUACUCGUUUCAAUAUUUAUAUUUAUAUAUUUUAGGUCGUUACAUUGUCACAGAAUAACAAUACACAUCCAUAUGUUUAUAUCAUUUGUUAUCAAAUUUGUCAUUAUUGUUGUCAUGGUUGAGCCGGGUGUUACUAAAAGAUCCAGUGGUACAUAUAAAGACGUUGACUGGUUAUGUAAGACGUUAAUAACCUUACGAGAGUACGGUAAUACAUCUAACAUGUACUGGAUGUUUGUGGAGGGGAUGUAUCUUCAUAACCAGAUAGCUGCUGCUGUCUUUAGUACCGAGGCACCAUUUAAACUAUUCUGUUUUAUAGGAUGGGGGUUGCCUGGAAUAAUUGUAUUAGCUUGGUCCAUUAUAAUGCAAUUUACACACGAUAAGGCAUGUUGGAAGAAUUAUUCCCAAUCAGAUUGGAUUUAUUUAGUGCUAGUUCCAUUUUUAGUUGUUAUAUUUAUAAAUUUAGUUUUCCUUAUUAAUAUUAUAAGGAUUCUUAUCACAAAACUACGAUCCAACAAUACAGACGAAUCAUCAAGAAUCAAAAAAACAAUAAGAGCUACAAUCAUUUUGUUUCCUUUGUUGGGUUUGACUAAUAUAAUAUUUCUGUACAACCCAGAAGAUGGAGGGAGUCUUCAGCUGGUCUACCACAUAACCAAUGCAUUAUUGCAAUCAACUGGGGGAAUUCUUCUAUCAGUGCUGUAUUGUUUUAUGAAUGGAGAGGUUCAAAGAGUAAUUAAACAGAAAUGGACAAGAUUUAAUAUUCGCAGACAUUUAAAAAGAGGUGGGAAAUCUCGGAGCUCUCGGACUUCGGAUUUUAUGCUGUCUCAAACUGAGCAAUCACAACUUUAUGGUACACCAACAUCAUCUGACAUCAUCAAUCCAUUUGUGAACAACAAUCGUUAUCAUAAAGUAGAAACAUCGAUACCGGAAGAGGAUAUUGUAGUAAACUAUAAUAGUGAUGAACAAAGUGUUAUGUUAAAUCACGUGAUAAGGGAUAGCGAAUGUCCAAUUAGGAGUGAUGAACAUAGUGUUUCAAUCAAUCACGUUACCAGGGGAAAGGCAUAUCCAAUUAGGAGUGAUGAACAAUGUGUAAACAAAGCACACAAUGUUACAAUUAACCAAGAGGACAGUGAUGAAUAUUCUAUGACAUUGGAUGACAAUAUCACAGAAAAUCACGUGGACAGUAGUGAACAACAUGUGCGUGUUCCUCUUAAUAAUAUCGAAAAUGAUUUCGCAAUUAAUUAUGAUAGUGACAGUCAAUCAAAUUAUAAAAACAAAAACAACUUGAAAAGUGACAAAAAUAAUUCCAUAUCGACAAAAAAAGGAAAUCAUGUAAUAGAUGAUAUGAAUAUUCAGAUCGAUUCGAACGGCAAAAUAUAUAUCGAUCAUGAGGAAACUUCAUACAUACUGCCAUCAGCACAAUCCUUCGAAAAUAUCGAAGAGAGUUUUAUUUAAUCAUGUUGAUCAGUGAGGUGUAUCUUGCUCUCGUUAACAUUGCAUUUUAAACGGGAUCUUGUAAUAACAAACUAGGUGUAGACGAAUAUCCCCUUUAACAUAACAGUUAACUGUCCAGGUAUGGACAUUCAUGUAUUAUCUACUAAUGGAAGCUGUUUUUUCCAGGAUACACGACAAUUAUUCUGCAUGUAUUGUUCAACACUUGUUCUGGCUUAAUAUUUCUUCACACCUUUAUGUUUUCUUUAAAACUAUGUUUAUGUUUGCUUUUUAAGUAUAAUAGAAUAUCUAUCCACCUUCAUCGUGGAUAAAACAUAAACAAAAAUAGUAUCCUUAGGGUAGAAAACUUUUUAAAAACAUGUAACCUUUUGGCUUUUGGCUUUUAUUUCAAAUACAUUCCAUACAUAAAAGAAAAAUCUAAGCAUAACAGUAAUUUAUUAUAUUUAAAAAAGCACGAGUUCAUUACAAACACGUGAUAAAUGUUGUAAAUAUUGUAAUGCACCACUUCGACUGUCCUUCCUGUUCCUCCUAUCAAUCAUAUUUAUCAUGUUUUGUUUACUGCUGUUGUGUAUAUAUAUAAGUCUGAAAAUUACUCCAAACAGUGUUAGAGUUAGAUUUUCUGCUGACAAUAUAUAUCAUGUCUAUAUUGAUUUCUAAACUUUUGGAAGAAUGUUAUUUUUCAGGCAUUAGUUGGUGAUUUCAAUUACUCGGUAUAUUCACUCCACUUAAAUAUCCAACAUAUUUAAAUAACUCGGUAUUUAUUCACUCCUCUUAAAUAUCCAAUAGAUUUAAAACCAUGACUACUUACCCCAUCUAUAACGAAACAUACAGUUAUAUCAAAAUAUUCAGUUUUUAUCAUUUUUUUUUAAUUAUUAUUCAUUUUAAAGAUUAUUACCAGUAAAAGUGCGUCAGCAUUGUUCAGAUCAGCCAUUGUCUUUUUUGUUGAAAAGAGACGGAAGAUUACAAAUUUGAUAAUCUUACGUAUAUAUACUGCAUGCCCUUAUGAUCAUAUUGUAUAUAUAUAUAAAUAUAUUUAUACAAUUUAAAUUAUUCAGGUGAUAUUUUCCUAUUUCAUUUAUUAUUUGCUCAAAAACUGUCCAUGUCUCAGUUUUAUUUAUUGUGAUGUCAGUGGUGACGACACAAUAAAACGUCUACUAUUGUAAAAUAUGCAUAUAAGUUGUUAUACAAUUUACACUUCAUCCUAUCAUUAAAUUAUUGUAAUUAAAUCAAUCAAAUAUU